CACGAGUAGCUCGUUCGCAAGUUGCAGCAACAAAACAUGCACUUGCCCUUCUCCCACUUCUCUCUGCAGUCUACAGAUUAACGACUAUGGGAAGAGCUCCUUGUUGUGAGAAAGUGGGGUUGAAGAAGGGGAGAUGGACAGCAGAGGAAGAUGAGAUCUUGGCCAAAUAUAUUGAGGCCAAUGGGGAAGGUUCAUGGAGGUCAUUGCCCAAGAAUGCAGGAUUAUUAAGGUGCGGGAAAAGUUGCAGACUAAGAUGGAUUAACUACUUGAGAGCUGACCUUAAAAGAGGGAACAUUUCUGCUGAAGAGGAACACACCAUCGUAAAGUUGCACGCUUCUUUUGGCAACAGGUGGUCAUUGAUAGCAAGUCACUUGCCAGGAAGAACCGACAAUGAGAUAAAAAACUACUGGAACUCUCACCUCAGCAGGAGAAUUUACAGUUUCCCCAAUACCCAACCAGAUUCUGGGGUCAUGCUCCCCACACCCAAACGUAAAGGUGGUAGAACCAGUCGUUGGGCCAUGAAGAAGAACAAAAGCAACCCUCAAAAGGGUACCCAAAGACCUAAACAAAGUGUCACCCAACAGAAUAUCGAAAGUGAAGUUCCACCGCCAUCCACACCAUCACUAGAGAGAGAGGGUUUAAUGGAAAUGGAAGAUGUUGGUGAGGAAAUACGGGAAGAGGUGGAGGUACAUGGAACAUACGAGAAGUACCUUAACGGUGUGAAAGAAAGCGGCGAUGAUGACGUUUUAGGACUGUGCCAAUUGGAAGGCAUUAAUGGUGUUAGUGGGGAGUUGAGUUUUAGUGACAUAUUGGACAGUUGUGUUGAGGAAGAAACGUGUGGGGUUUUGACUUUAAGUGAAGAGAGAGAAUGCAAUGACGUGGUGGGUGUUGGUGUGGAAAAUGAAAGACACAAUGAUGAUGAUGCGUGUCACAACAAAAUGGCUUCGAGUGAGAGUAGUGCGAAUCUUAGUUGCAAUGGGGAUAUUGGAGAAUGGAAUUCUUCCUCUUCUGUGACUUUGGGUUUGGAGGAUCGAUGGGAUUGGGAAAGCGUCAUAGAGUUUAAUAAUAUUGAGUCCCAUAUCGCUUAUGAUUGGGAGCAAAAAGAAAACUUGCUGACUUGGCUGUGGGAAGACGAUGAUUGGGAAAGCGAUGGAAAAAAUUUGGGAGAGACAGAUCCUCAGAUACAAAACGACGUGGUUGCUUGGUUUCUCUCUUGAAGAAAUAAUAGAAUAGACCUUUAUUUAGUACUUUCCCCCCCUUUUUCUUUUGGACAAAAUUUAUGUUUUUUUUAUUAGAACUAGAGUUUGGUAUUAAUAUUUUGUGAUUAUUAACCGUAAAUACCGAUGUUUAUUUGAAAU